AUGGCGUCUCCCUUGCUCGCGACUGUGUCAUCAGCCCCAUCGGGGGCGGCCAACACGCCUGGGCCUGCUUGUGAUGCGUCGGCUUUCCAGCUCUUGACCUUGGCCAAUAUUGAACUGCUGGCCCUCGACGUCGUCGUGAACACCACGGUCUCAUCAGAGUCCUCAGCCGGCCGCGAAUUCUGCCAGGUCACGGUGCGAUACACACAUCCUGGGCAGAAUGACGCAGUCAAUACAAUAAUAGGCCUACCUCUGCUCGCAACUGACUGGAACGAACGCUUCCAGAUGGUGGGCGGCGGCGGUUGGGGGACUGGCUACACGAGCAGCCUGAUAGAAGCAGUCGCGGACGGUUAUUCCUCGGUAGUCACAGACGGUGGUCAUGACAAUGACGCGCCAGUGGCCGAUUGGGGCCUCGUCAGCGAGGGUAAUGUGAACUGGCCGUUGCUCUGGAACUUCGCUGUGGUCUCGUUGGAUGAAGGAGCGUCCCUGGGCAAGCUAGCCACAGAGCUCUAUUACGGCGCGCCCGCAAAGUACUCGUACUGGAAUGGCUGCUCAACAGGUGGUCGCCAGGGGCAUAUCAUGGCUCAGCAACACCCGGAACAGUUUGACGGCAUUCUGGCUGCGGCGCCCGCGAUCAACUGGCAGCGCUUCAUCGUGCAAGAGUACUGGGGUCCUCUGAUGGCGAACCUUCUCGACACGAGGCCUCCUACGUGCGUGCUGGAAGCCUUCACUCAGGCGGCGAUCGACGCAUGCGAUGGCUUGGACGGCGUCAAAGAUGGAGUCAUUGCUCUUCCAGACCAGUGUGACUUCGACGCGGAUUCCUUGGUUGGCUCUACUAUCAGCUGCACUGAGCCAAGCGGAUCCAUCGUUGUCACAGCGAAGCAUGCCGAGCUAGUCAAGGCUGUCUGGGCAGGUCCGACAUCCGUGGAGGGCAAAUUCGAGUGGUACGGGAUGCCCAAAGAAGCUCCUCUUACCAGUCUUCUGAAUACGACGUGCGAGUCCGUGGACAACUGCACCCUCGUUCCGUUCUCGAUCCCCGAAGACUGGCUCAGGGUGUUCGUAGCCAAGAACACGUCACUGGACCUGAGUGGCCUGAGCAGGGAGGACUAUGAUCGGCUGUACCGCGCAUCUGUCGCUCAGUAUGCAUCCGUCAUGGGAACAGACGAUCCCGACUUGACAGACUUGAAGAAUGCCGGCACCAAGCUCCUCACCUGGCACGGCCUGGCAGACCAGCUCAUCACCUAUCACGGAACGGUCGACUAUUACGACCGGGUGGCGGAGCUCAACUCAAACGUUACGGACUAUUACCGACUAUUCCUUGCGCCCGGAGUAGAGCACUGCGGGCUUGGGCCGGGUCUGGACCCUCACCUCACUAUCUUUGAGUCCCUUCGGGCUUGGGUUGAGAACGGCACAGCUCCCGAAACUGUACCCGCCACAGGACCGGCUCUUACUUAUGUCGGCUCGGACCCAAAUGACGCAGCCUCUUUCGAGUGUCUGUAA